UCCAGGGGCGCGAGAGCCGGGAUUUGCGGAGUAUGCUGGCGGGCAGCAGGCUUCCAUGAUGAGGGGGUGGAUCCUGCUUCUCGCUGUGCUCCUAGCUCCAGCACCAGUUAUGGCACAAAAAAGAAACCAAGGGACGUGUAUCAAUGUCUAUGUGGCAGACAUUGUGUUCCUGGUGGAUGGAUCCUCCAGCAUUGGGAGGGCCAACUUCCGUAUGAUCCGAGCCUUCAUGGAGGACCUGGUCAGGCCCUUUGUCCAUGUGGUUGGUGAGAGAGCGGUGCGAUUCGGGGCAGUGCAGUACAGCGACGACCCCAGGCUCGAGUUCACGUUCUCCCAGCAUCCCAACGGGACGGAGGUGAAGAGGGCCAUCCAGCAGCUGAGCUACAAGGGCGGGAACACACGCACAGGCGCCGGCCUCCGAUACAUUGCUGACAACUUCUUUAGGCCCACUCAGAUCCGGACUGGGGUCCCAAAGGUCUGCAUCCUCAUCACAGAUGGCAAGUCUCAAGAUGACACUGAGCAGCCCUCCAUGAAGCUGAAGGCUCAGGGCACUAAGGUCUUUUCUGUGGGGAUCAAGAACGCAGACCGUGCGGAGCUCAUGCGUGUGGCCUCCACUCCCACAGAGGACUACUUCUUCUAUGUCAAUGACUUUAAGAUCCUGGGCACUCUGCUGCCGCUGGUGUCUCAGAGGGUGUGUGCCAGCACUGGAGGGUUCCUGCAGACGGGUCCGCGGGUGUACAGUGGCCCAUCCAACCUGGUCUUUGUGGAGCAGACGGUUGACAUGCUGAGGAUCCGCUGGACUGCGGCAGGCGGCCCGGUCACAGGCUAUAAAGUCCAGUAUGUGCCGCUCACGGGCUUGGGGCAGCAAGUGACAGCAGAGAUGCAAGAGGUCAGCCUGAGCCCCAGGGAGACUAGCACCGCGCUGAGCCAGCUGAGAGGAGGGACGGAUUAUCUGGUCACUGUCAUCGCCCAGUAUGCCAACAGCAUUGGCGAGUCGGUCUCUGGCAAAGGACGCACUGGGGCCCUGUCUGGAGUGUCAAAUUUCCGAGUGGUGGAGGCCGGGCCGUCCUUCCUCAGACUGGCCUGGGGAGCUGCUCUGGAGAACUUGCAGGGCUACCGGAUCACCUACGUGGCCCGAGGUGAGGCUCAAGCAGAGGAGAUGAGCCUGGGAGCCAACGCUGUGUCCGUCACGCUCAGCAACCUGCGCCCCAACACUGAUUACGUGGUCACACUUCAGCCUAUCUCCCAGCGCCAGACGGCAGCACCGUCCCAGCUAACCGGCCGAACCUUGCGUUUGGAAGGGGUGCAGCAGCUGUCAGUUCAGAAUAUCUCCCAGCAGAGCAUGCUGGUGACCUGGCGGAGUGUGAGUGGAGCUACUGGAUACCGGGUCUCAUGGGGGCUCCCCUCAGGUCAGGACAUUCGGAAAUUUGAUGUGGAUGCCAGCAAGAAUUCCUACCUCCUGACAGGGCUGCAGCCAGACACAGAUUACCUGCUGACAGUCACUUCACUCUACGGGCAAGUGGAGGGGCCCCCAGCCUCCAUUAGGAGAAGAACAGAAACAGGCAUAGUCCAGUCCUUGAGGACCGUCAUUCUGGGCCCAACAUCCAUCCAGGUAGCUUGGAACAUCAUCCGCGAUGCCCGUGGCUACCGACUGGAGUGGAGAAGAGCAACAGGUGCUGAGCCCCCACAGACUGUGUCCUUGCCCACCAACAUCAACAGCUACCAGCUCACUGGCCUGCAGCCAGCCACGGAAUAUCGCAUCACCCUCUACACACUGUACGAUGGGAGGGAGGUGGCCACACCCGUUACCAUCUCCCAGACAGGAGUGGAACCCCCAGUGGGCAGCAUUUCUGACCUGCGGGUCGUUGAUACCAUGGGAAAGAGGAUCCGGCUGGCCUGGACUGGGGUCCCGGGUGCCACCGAGUACAAGAUUGUGCUGCGCAACUCCCAGGAUGGCAGUGACAGGACCAGACUGAUCCCAGGCACCCAGACCACGCUGGAGCUCGAGGACCUGAGAGAGGAGGUCACCUAUGUAGUGCGUGUGUCAGCCCUGAUUGGCAGGCGCGAGGGCAGUGUUGUCCCCAUCAGUGUCCGCAUUGAGCCGUCAGUGAGCAGCGUGUCCAACCUGCAAGUGGUGCCUGUGGGUGUGGGCCGUGUGCGACUUUUGUGGAGUGCCAUACCCAGGGCCACUGAGUACAAGCUGGUGAUCACCAACAGGCAGGAUGGCUCAGAGGAGACCAGGCGCAUCCCCGGCAACCGGAAUUUCUUUGAGCUGCAGGAUUUGAAGGAGGGAGCCACAUACCUGGUGCAGGUGACAACCCUGAUGGGCAGCCAGGAAAGUGACCCUGCCACUAUCACUGUCCAGCUGGAUCGCCUGUCUGUGGACAGCAUCACCAACCUGCGGGUGGCUGAGAUCAGACCCAACCAGCUGAAGGUCGCAUGGAGUGGGCUUCCUGGGGCGACUGGCUACAAGCUGACAUGGCGAGCGAGUGAUGGUCAGGAGAUCUCCCGUGUCCUGCCAGCCGACAGGACCUCCUUCAGCAUCGAGGAGCUGCAGGCUGGGGCUGUCUAUGUUAUUGGGGUUUCGGCCCUGGUUGGCAGCAGAGAAGGCAGCCCCGUCACCAUCGCGGCUAGAACAGCUCCAGAGCACGUGGGGACGGUCUCCAGCCUCAAGGUCCUCUCGUCCAGGAGCAACGUUGUCCGGGUCACCUGGGUUGGAGUGCCUGGGGCGACAGCCUACAAGGUGGUGUGGAGCCGGCGAGACGGGGGUUCCGAGUCGAGUGAGGUGGUUUCUGGUGACACCAGCUCCUUUGACAUUCUCAACCUGGAGGGUGGGGUCAGCUACACCGUGAAGGUCACAGCACUGAUUGGCAACCGUGAGGGUGACCCUGUCUCCAUCAUCGUCACCACACCUGCAGAGGUGGCCCCCCAGCCUGUGGGGAACCUGCGGGUGACUGACUCCUCGGACCAGCGCAUUCGCCUCACCUGGAGCCCAGCGUUGGGCAGCACUGGGUACCGCCUGAGCUGGAGGCCAGCAGAUGGGGGGCCGGAGAGGAGCCAGCUGCUCGCCCCCAACGUUAACUCCUACGACAUUGAAGGCCUGAGGGCGGGAGAGCGCUACGAGAUCCGGAUCACCAGCCUGGUGGGCAGCCAGGAGAGUGAGACUGUGGACAUCACUGCCAACACUGCACCUCUGGGCCGAGUCACCAAUUUCCGGGUAACGGAGACCCGAGACAAUUCUGUGACCUUGGCCUGGACUCCAGCUCCCAGAGCCACCGGCUACCUCCUCACCUGGAAGCUGCCCCAAGAGGGAGGCGAGACGCAGAGUACACUGCCCGGGUCAGCAACGUCCCACCAGGUGUCAGGGCUGCGGUUGGGGCAGAGAUACCUCUUCACCAUCCGGCCGCUGUUCGGGAGCGCCAGGGGCGUGGAGUCCACCCUCACUGACCGCACAGUUUGCAGGGACGCUCGCGGUGACAUCAUCUUCCUAGUGCAUGGCACCCGGGACAGUGCCUACAGCGCCGAGACCGUCCGUGCCCUGCUCUCCAACACCGUCUCAGCACUGGGCCAGCUGGGCCCCGAUGCCACCCAGGUGGGCGUGGUGAUCUACAGCUACCGCAGCAUCCCGUGGGUCCUGCUGAAUCGCUCCAGUGACCAGGGCGCUGUCCUGGAGCGGAUCCGCACCAUGCGCUAUGAGGAGCCCAGCGGCAAUGCCCUGGGAGCUGCCAUCAACUUUGCCAGGACCUACAUGCUGAGCCCCAGUGCAGGGCACCGGCCUGGUGUGCCAGGGGUGCUGGUGGUGCUGGCAGACAGCCCCUCCGGUGACGAUGCCAUUGGGCCGGCCAGGGAGAUCAAGGCAGCAGGGAUCCAGGUGCUGGCGGUGGGCAUGGACGGGGCAGAUCGUGAGCAGCUGCGCCGCAUUGUCACCAAUGAAGAUGCACACCAUGUUUUCUAUGCCAAGGAUUCAGGGGCCGGCCUGUCAGAACUGGAGGACAGGCUCGCCAGCACCCUCUGCAGGGUGACCGUCACAGACAGGGGUGAGAAGGGGGAGCCCGGCCAGACUGGGCAGAAAGGACGUGGGGGGCAGCCUGGCCCCCCUGGAAACCCGGGGCUCAAUGGGCUUCCAGGCCCCCCAGGACCAAUGGGGCCACGGGGUGCCCCAGGCGAGAUCAUCGAGCGGCCAGGCCAAAAGGGGGAAAGAGGAUUACCAGGAGCGGAUGGGAUCCCAGGAAGCCCUGGUCGCCCUGGCAACUCUGGCUCCCCUGGCCAGCCAGGUAGACAAGGCAUUCCUGGCCUCCGAGGGCUCCCGGGGGAGCAGGGCCCAGUGGGGCCUCCCGGGCAACGGGGAGAGAAAGGCGAACCGGGAGAUCCAGGAGUGAUUGUGAACGGAGGAGGGGGGCUGCCUGGCCGGAAAGGGGAGCCUGGGAGUCGGGGAAAUCCUGGCCUCCCUGGGAACCCUGGGCCUAGAGGAGCAGUUGGUGAUCCAGGACCUCCUGGGCCCAUUGGACCUCCAGGGCCAUCAGGACCUGCCGGAGAGUUUGUCAAGGGGGCGAAAGGCGAGCGAGGGGAGCGGGGCCCCCCCGGGCUGAUUGAUGGGGUACCUCCCAGAGGAGAGCCAGGCAUCCCGGGCUUGCCUGGUGAUCCUGGUUCCCCUGGGCCCCGGGGACCUGCUGGGCCCCCAGGACAGAAAGGAGACAAGGGUGAUGGAGAAGAAGGUUUUCCAGGGCCGCCGGGUCGCCCAGGGGACCCAGGAGAUCGGGGCCCGAGAGGACCUCCAGGUGAACAAGGAAGCAAGGGAGACCGCGGGCAGCCGGGAGAACUCGGAGAAGCAGGGGAGAAGGGUGAUCGUGGACCCCCUGGGCCGGAAGGGAAGAAGGGGGAGCUGGGAGCUCCAGGCCGCCUGGGCCCAGCAGGCAGAGAGGGAUUGCCAGGACCGUCCGGCCCCCGAGGGGAAAAGGGGGAUCAAGGUGCUCCUGGGGAACCCGGAAAGCCGGCUUCCAGUGUCUCUGGGAUCAAAGGAGAGAAGGGUGACAGAGGCCCUGCAGGAGCAGAGGGGGCCCCAGGUCCCCGGGGAGACGCAGGAGAUAAAGGAGAUCGCGGGCUCCCUGGAUUCAGUGUCACUGGCCCACCUGGCCCCAAAGGAGAGCAGGGCGAUAGGGGGAUUGUCGGCCUCACUGGCAAGAGUGGCCCAAAGGGUGACCCCGGGGAACCUGGGGAGAAGGGGGAGCUGGGGAGACCAGGAGCUCCAGGGCAGAUGGGCCUGCGAGGGAAAGAGGGUGAACGUGGUGAGAAGGGUGACGAGGGGACCCCAGGAGAGCCGGGUCAGCCUGGCAAAUCUGGCGACCGGGGCCCCCGGGGCCUACCAGGAAACCGUGGCCUCCCUGGGGAGAAGGGUGACCAGGGUGACUCCGGCGAUGAUGGCAAAAAUGGCAGUCCUGGAGUACCAGGGGCCAAGGGUGACCGCGGGGAACCGGGGCCACCUGGACCCCCAGGACGAAUUGUUGAUCCGGGACCUGGAGGAGGAACUGGAGAGAAAGGCGAGAAGGGGGAGCCAGGGGACCCUGGAGAGGAUGGGAUGAAGGGUGCGAAGGGCGAGGUCGGAGUACUUGGCCUGCCUGGAGAAAGGGGGAUCGAAGGCCCCAGAGGUCCCCCUGGAGCUCGGGGUGACCCUGGAGACCGAGGCCAAUCAGGAGACAAGGGAGACCGAGGCCCUCCGGGGCUGGAUGGCCGGAACGGGUUGGAUGGCAAACCUGGGCAAAUGGGCCCCGCGGGGCAAAGGGGUGAUCCAGGCAAGCAGGGUGACCCCGGCCGAGAUGGGCUGCCAGGCCAGCGAGGGGAGCAAGGUCCCCCAGGAGCCAUCGGCCCCCCAGGACCACCAGGCUUAGCUGGCAAACCCGGAGACGACGGCAAACCUGGCCUGAAUGGGAAGAACGGAGAAGAUGGGACUCCAGGAGAAGAUGGGAGGAAGGGGGACAAAGGAGAAGCUGGAGCCCCUGGCAGAGACGGUCAAGAAGGCCCCAAGGGCGAGCGAGGAGAUCGUGGGGUGCCAGGCCCCUUGGGAUCUCCUGGUGUCCCCGGUGUACCUGGGCAGGUUGGACCCCCAGGCCAGGGUGCUCCAGGCCUCGCUGGGGCUGCUGGACAAAAGGGUGACCGAGGAGAGGCUGGACCCAAAGGAGAACAGGGCAGACCUGGGGAUCCUGGACAACGUGGUGAGCCUGGGAUGGUCUCGAAUGUUGAACGUGCCCUGGAAGCCUAUGGGAUUAAGAUUGCCUCGCUCAGAGAGAUCACUGGAGCCUAUGACGGCAGCACUGAUCCAUUCCUGCCCUAUCCUGACCGCCGGAGAGGCCCAAAGGGUGAUAGGGGAGACUCAGGGGAGAGGGGACCUCCAGGAAAAGAGGGUGCGACAGGCUUUCCUGGAGAGAGAGGGCCCAAGGGCGACAAAGGUGACCAAGGUCCUGCUGGCCCCCAAGGCCCCAUGGGACGUGCUAUCGGAGAGCGAGGUCCAGAGGGGCCGCCUGGCCAGGCAGGGGAACCUGGCAAGCCUGGAAUCCCAGGGGUGCCAGGCCGGGCCGGGGAGCUCGGAGAGGCUGGCAGGCCUGGCGAGAAGGGCGAUCGGGGCGAGAAGGGCGAUCGGGGAGAGCCGGGCAGAGACGGCAUGCAGGGUCCUCCAGGGCCCCCAGGACCUAAGGCAGAUGUGAUGGAAGGGAGCCUCUCGGGUCUUCCAGGGGAGCGUGGACCCACAGGACCCAAGGGAGCCAAGGGAGAGCCCGCUGUGGAUGGCGAGAGAGGACCCAAAGGAGAUAAGGGUGAACCUGGACAGAAGGGGGAGAGAGGUGAAGCUGGCGAGAAAGGCAGGGAUGGCAGCCCGGGCCUCCCAGGAGAAAGAGGCCUUGCUGGGCCGGAAGGGAAACCGGGUAUGCCAGGCUUUCCCGGAGUUCUAGGCCGACCGGGCAACCAGGGAGAUCCAGGGCCACCAGGCUCAGCUGGGCUUGUUGGACCACCAGGUGCUCAGGGCCCACCCGGAAUAAAGGGAGAUUCAGGUGAGCCUGGCGCCAGCAUUCGGGGCUUGCCUGGGCCCCAGGGAAGUGUCGGCCUCCCAGGCCCCUCAGGCCCCCCCGGCCUUGUGGGACCACAGGGUGCCCCAGGAUUGCCAGGACCAGUGGGUGAGACUGGAAAGCCUGGCGUGCCGGGGAGAGAUGGAGUUCCGGGGAAGGAGGGAGAACCAGGGCUGCCUGGGAAAAUGGGUGUGCCAGGACCCGCAGGCCCUGCUGGACCUAAAGGAGCACCAGGGGACGCCGGGCUCCCAGGACAGGCGAUUGUCGGUCCUCCUGGGAUGAAAGGCGAGAAGGGCGAACCCGGAGGGAUUGAAGGGCACCUGCUGGGUGAACCGGGUGCCAAGGGCGAGCGAGGCUUACCAGGCCCCAGGGGAGAGAAGGGGGAUCCUGGAAGACAGGGGGAGCCUGGAGACCCUGGGGAAGAUGGAGCCAAAGGAUCCCCUGGAGUCAAAGGGGAAAAGGGUUUGGUUGGCAUUGGCCUGCAGGGACCCCCUGGACAAGAUGGGCCUCAAGGUUUGAAGGGUGACACUGGCUUACCUGGCCCACCAGGAUCCCCGGGCUUGCCAGGCAUCGCAGGGACCCCCGGCCAGCCAGGUCUGAGGGCAGAAAAUGGACAGCCAGGCCCACCAGGACCUCCAGGAGAGAGGGGUUUGAUUGGCUUCCCUGGAAGAGAUGGCACCUCUGGAUCACCAGGGCCGCCGGGGCCCCCAGGGCCAGCAGGGGCACAAGGCGUCCCAGGACUGAAGGGUGACAAGGGGAACGUGGGAGUUGGACAGCCGGGCCUUAGAGGCGAGCGAGGAGACCCAGGCCCACGGGGUGAAGAUGGACGCCCGGGGCUGGAGGGAGAUCGUGGGCCUGCGGGGCCUCCCGGAAACCGAGGGGAGCGUGGCGACAAAGGAGACAUUGGAGCUAUGGGGCCCAAAGGAGACAAGGGUGAUACUGUCAUUGUGGAGGGGCCGGCUGGAGUCCGGGGGAGCAAGGGGGAGCCGCCCCUGGGUCAUCCUCCUUGCGCUGUCAGGGGACUGACACCCUGCACCCUCUGCUCUUUCCCCUGCCCAGGGAGACGCGGCCUGAAGGGGAUGGAAGGGGAGAAAGGCGACAAGGGUGACCCGGGCCUCCCAGGAGAGAAGGGAGGAAGGGGCGAGCAAGGGGAAAAGGGCUCCACAGGCUUUCCAGGAGCACGCGGCCCCGGGGGGCAGAAGGGAGAAGUUGGCAAAUCGGGAGACCCCGGAGAGUCGGGCCUGCCAGGAAAGGAUGGAAUCCCAGGAGCAAGAGGGGAGAAAGGGGACAUAGGGCCAUUGGGAAUGCGAGGCCCGAAGGGGGAUAGGGGAACGAAAGGUGCCUGUGGCCAGGAUGGAGAUAAGGGGGAGAAGGGUGAGCCGGGGAUUCCAGGCCGAAUGGGACUUCCAGGAAGGAAGGGUGAGCUGGGAGAGCUGGGCAUGCCUGGAACCCCAGGAAUCCCAGGGAAAGAAGGUCUCAUGGGACCCAAGGGUGACAGGGGAUUUGAUGGUCAGCAGGGAGCCAAAGGAGACCAGGGAGAGAAAGGAGACCGGGGUACUCCAGGCAUUAUUGGCUCCCCAGGCCCUAGGGGCAAUGAUGGAGCACCUGGCCCACCUGGCCCACCAGGUGGCGUUGGCCCUAAGGGCCCUGAGGGGAUUCAAGGGCAGAAGGGUGAAAGAGGCCCUCCAGGGGAGUCGACUGUAGGGACCCGAGGCGUCCCUGGGAUUCCAGGAGAGAGAGGAGAUCAGGGGAAUCCGGGACUCGAAGGCUCGAGAGGAGAGAAGGGGGACCCUGGCAUGACGGAACAAGAGAUCCGCGCAUUUGUCAGGCAGGAAAUGAGUCAGCACUGCGCUUGCGGAGGGCAGCUCUCCUCUUCUGAACCACGAGGAUGGGGGACACAUGCAAGGAACAGACAAAAAUCUUCCAGGAGAGGGAGAAGAAAUACCAGAGGAAAUCAGGAUCACGGCAGAACAGGUCUUCUCCCCAACUAUCCAUCCACCCAACCACGCCCAUCUGUUAAUGCUCAUCUAGUCCCUGUGCUUAAGUUGUCACACGCUGAAGAAGAGGAGGGGCACGAGGUGCAUGUUGUGAACACAAAUGACCCUGAGUAUGAGCAUGUCUAUGCAAUGGAGUACUACGAAGAGGGCCUGGAAGCUGAUGGGACAGAGAGCACCAUGCUGAGUGAUGCUGACCUCUGCAGCUUGCCCCUGGACGAGGGAGACUGCAGCAGAUUCACACUCAGGUGGUAUUAUAACCAAAAAGUGGCAGAGUGCCGGCCUUUCGUCUACAGCGGCUGCAGGGGGAACCUUAACCGUUUCUACACCAAGGAGGACUGUGAUCUCCAGUGCAGGCACCAGGCAGAUUCAGAUGCCCAAAUUGCUGCUGACAACACAUCAGAUGGGAAGAGGAAUGUGUAAACUGCCCUAUUUUAGUGGGGUUUCCCUGUCCAAGGAGGAAUUGACCAAAGGGGGAGAAGACCCCACCUGCUCUCUGAGUGAAAGACUCUUACAGGCUCCUACAGAGGAACCUACUCUGGGCCUCCCCCAGGUCCCGGCCACACAUGGUGUGUUUGGUCUGAGACUCUCCUUGUUGCCAUCUCUGCUCCCUGCAGCGCUGCCCCACAUGUCAGAUUGCUGGAGCAGAGACUUGGUGCUAUUUUGUAAUGUGUUUGUGCUGCUCUUGGUUUUACUUUUUUAUUAUUAUUUUUAAAUUAAGGUGAAAUUUUUAUCAAAUGGAAAAAAAAGAUCUGUAACCUCUUUAAAAAGCCAACAGUUUUGAAUUAGAGCUUUUUUAACUUAUGUGAUGCAGAUUAAGAACACACACAAGGCGUUAGCUGGUCCAAACCUGUUCAUAUGGCCACCUGCUUUAUUUCUGGUUCAAAGGCCUGCGGGCCCCUGCUUGUGAAAUGGACUAGCCAGCUUGAAUGUCUCCUAGCCAAACUGCUCCUGUGGAAUUGGUGAACCACUCGCUCAAUGAGCAGAGCUGUGAAUGGCAGCAUAAAUGCACAAAGCCCCUGGAUUCAAUGCCAAAGUUUGCAUGAUGUUAAUUCUCCAAAGGGUAAAAUCUUCUUGGUUUCUGCGUGGAAGCUGCGCCACUCCAUCCCCCAGGCACUGGAAAUGCCCCUUCGUGGCUUGUAACUCUGUGCUUUCUUUUCUCUUGCUGUUUGUCUUUUGGGGGGACUCGUUGGGCUGUUGGCAAUUCCACCCAAAAGGCAUACAGGCUGCCUUCCUCUCCUGGCAUAUCCCAGGCAUUUGGACUGUAUCGGAGAGGAGGAAACACAACCCAGUUGGGCAGCCCUUGAAUCUUAGAGAGGUGAUCUCAUGGCUUGGAAGAGACUGACUAGGUGUCAGUUCUCCUCAGGCCCUCAGCAAGAGCCAGAGCCAGGGACCUUCUCUAUAGGCAAUUCCACCAUUCUCAGCCCAACUCUUCUCUUAGCUCCAUGCUCAGAAGCCCUCGCAGACAAGCAUGUUGCAAAUAGCAAAAUAUGGUUUACUGUUUGGCAGCGGAGAUCAGCCUCUCUCUCUCAUGGUCUGUGCAUUUUCCUCUGGAUCCCCAAGAAAUUUGUUCUGCUCCAAAACAGCAUUUCCCUCUGGAUCCCCAAGAAAUCUAUUCUGCUCCAGGACAGGAUUUGCCAAAGGAAAGGACCUGGUUGGUGUCUCAAAUCUCCAGGCUCCGGUAGGACCAGACUGUUUGCACACUCCAUUCGCCAUCAUCUCUGCCUUUUUUUUCAAACCAUUUUAUAGUAACUAAGGGUGGUGAGUGGGGCUUGUUAAAGGCACUUUCCUGCUGGCCUCCACCAAAUCCUGGAUGUUAGCUACAUCUCCCGUGUGCUGCUCCCCUGCACUGUGUGCUGCUUGAUGUCUGCAAACAUUCAGCUGGGAUAAAACAGCUGCUGGGAAAUUCAGUUCACACCUGGCUGGACCUCCAGUGCAAUUUUGUGCCCAGGCAAAGGUGAUUUUACAGAGGUCACUGGGAAUAUCCAAGACUUCUGAUUAAAGAAAAGAAAUCAGGAUGUUGUAAAAAUUAAUUCUGGAUUUCAGAUAAACUCUAGUCAGGACCAUUUGCAAAUUUCACACUAUGUAGAGACUUGGGAUUUGGAAAAUCAUGAUUUUUAUUUAAUUACUAAUUGAAUUAACCUCUCAGGUUCCAGGCCGGGGCUUCACAGGGGUUAAGGCUGUAACAUCUGUCCUUGUUAUGCCACUGGGUGAGGCAUAGACAGCUGUGAAAGAGCAACAAAUCUAUCAAAGGAAACAUUCCCCACCUUCUCUAAAAUGAAUUUCAUUUGAAGAAGUUUCACCUUAAUCCUGAACAGUAACCAACUUUCUCAAGCAAGAGUGACAGUAUUGGAAGAAACCCAAACAAAGGCCAGAGCGUGUUUGUGUACGUGUGUGGAUUUGUCUGUAUGAUGCACAUUGAUCCACAGCCAUUUUAACAAUGCUUUUCUUUAUCUUAGUGGUGCUGAACCAUGUUAUGAGAAUGAUCAGGGAAACACUGAGGAUGGUGCUAUGCUAUUGUAAGUUCCUGCCAUCGUACGACAUUCUAAAAAGCUUUGUAAAGACUGUUUGCAAUCCUGGUUUUAUACCAUCACCCUUUUUCCCCACCCAAAACGCUGUGCCCCCAGUUGGACAGUCUCGCACUCUUUCAGUUAUGUAAAGUGUCAAUACAAACCUCCCAUCUUUACACAGCUGUUCUGAAAAGGGAAACAAGGGUAACGGUCAGAUCUGAAACCAUUCCAGUGGGUGGGUGUGUAUAUGAUAUCUAUAUAUUGCUGCACUGUGUGUGUAUAUAUGUAUACAACGUGUCUGUGUGUCUGAAUGCAAGAGAGGUGUCAUUUAAAGCUGCAGUAAUUGGAAUCUGAUGCAGUUAUUGUAAUGAUCACUAAUGAGGGAACACCCUGGGCUGAAACACAGGCACAGACAGAUUUCACUGGGGAACCACAAUGUGACUCUUUAAAAGAUUGUUUCUGUAGUCAUAGGCUCAUGUUCAUGUGGAGUGGCUUGAAACAGGUGUAGUUGAGGGAAAUGUGACUGGUGUUUCAAGUCUAGGUACAAAGUGCCUGGCUUCGUGUGGUGCGGCAGUCUUGCUAUUGAAAGACUGCCUGGCUCAACAGUACAGGGUAAGUACUAUGCCUGGGAAGACAUGCGUAUGCAGCACUGUUGUGAUCCCAGUGCAUUUACUUGGAUCUCCAUUUUGAUUACAGUUCAGAUCCUUACUAAAGACUACUACUACUGUGUUUUCUGGUAAUGGCCCAAUUCUGAGGUCUUGGCUCCUGACACAGUCCUAAGUAACCAACAAUAUCUUAGAGUUGCUGAUGUAUCAUGUCACCUGCCCAGCUGGCUGGAAUUGUGCUGCGAUGCUUUCAGCAACCUCCUCUGAAUUUGUGCUUAGAUCUUUGAAGAAUGGGUGUGAGUGAGAAGCCCCCUGUUACAGUAAUGGGCACUAAAACAUCUGACUCAGUUGAGGACAGACAUUCUCUCAGCCUGCAUGGAUUGGCCACUCCCAUGGGAUGCCUGGGUCAGUGCCCAGUGCUUUCACAGGGAUCCAGCACUGUGUGAUGUGCAAGAAUGACAAUGGAAACAAUCUUUCAGCUUUUUCCGUAAAGGUCCCCUGGAAAUUGAGAACCAUCAUCCUCCUUACAUCUGGGCCCAUGUGACCUUGCUGUAGAUCAUCAAUAAACUUAUCAGCAUAUUCCCUGCAUCUUUUUGGGGGAAGUGUUUGUCAGCAUCCAGAGAUGAGUUUCACUACAGUGUCACCUGGCAACAGCUGUGAAAGAGGCAAAAUACCACCUUGCCUGGCAAUGACUUUAGGAAGAUUUGUCUGGAUAGAUUCAGAGAAGGGUAACUAUGAUCCCAGCCUCCCACCCUCUGUUGCUUUUUGUAGCUGCUCGAUCUGCUUACCAUGGAAGCAAAGCAGGCAGCUCGCAGCACCAUCCAGAGUGUGUUACUUUGUGUCACUCCAGUUGCUCAGGUACACACUGUACAAGGCUUGUUACUGCUCCUGGUCUUGAACUGCUCCUACAGAAUCUAGAGGCAAGUCAUGCUGGGUUGUUUGUUUUUUUCUGUCAAGUGCCUUUCAUGACAUAUAGUGCAAAAACUCAAAA